GUGGAAUUUUCCCAACUGUGUGGGAGCCAUAGACGGCAAACACAUACGAAUAAAAUCACCUAAUAACAGUGGGUCCUUGUUUUUUAACUAUAAGGAGUAUUAUUCGAUGGUUUUGUUGGCGAUUGUCGAUGCAGAUUGCAAAUUUGUGGCAGUAGAUGUUGAGUCAUAUGGCGGGGAGGGGGAUGCAGGAAUUUAUUUAAAAAGCAACAUUGGUCACAGAAAACAAAAUAAUGAAUUCAAAUUCCCAGCAACUCGCCCUCUUCCUGAAGCCACAGAAGCUGAGCCUUAUGUGUUUGACGGAGAUGAAGCUUUUGCAUUGCACGAACGUUUGAUGAAACCAUAUCCUAGAAGGCUAUCACUAUCUGACAAAUCUAAAGCUGUAUUAUCGUCUUUCUCGAGCACGGAGACCCACGGAAAAUGCUUUUGGAAUAUUGUGUGCAUAUUUCCGAAUAUUUUUCCAGCCUAUCGCAACCGCACCAGAAGUUACCGACAACCUCAUCACUAGUGCAUGUAUAUUGCAUAACAUUGUACGAGAUGCCAAUAUUCCCCUUCCAACGCAAAUUACAGUGAUAUACUACCUCUAGCAGAAAACAAUUUAGUACCACUGUCUCAAAAUAAUACCCGAGGAUACGCGAAGAAUUUAAAGAGUAUUUCAAUAGUAUUGGCGCGGUGGAAUGGCAGGACCAUUAUUGUGUAAAUAAUUGAACUUAUUUUAUAAAUCUAACACUUGGUUACUUUAUAGUUGUCCCCGAAAUAAUAGGAAUGUUAUAAUUUGACCAGGUUUGACUAUUUUCCUGUUUGUUUAAUGUUUAUUAUUUUUUUAUAAAAGU